GCUGUACAAAAACUGAGCGAGGCCAUUCUUUUUUUGGCCAGGCAAUAAUUUUGCCUUCAAUAUCUUAGAAUGGAUAAUCAAAAUUAUGGGAUAGAACGUAUAACCUAUACACUCAAUAAUACAAUAUUCUCCAAUAAAUCUAUUGCCAUUGUUUCUCGAAUUAUUUAGUCAGUUGACCAGUUAGACUUCUAAUUUACGUUUCAUGCAUCUUUUUUUAGUUGAAUAUUCUUGAAUCAAAUAAAAUGUUCGUGAACUUCUUAUUAUUAUACUAAAAUAAUCAAUGUUGUGUUAUUAUUUACACUAUAUUCAUUUUUCGUGUUUUAUGUUUUGUUUAGUUAAACCCAAGCAUUUGAAUCAAGUGAUUUUGAUUCAAAAGCUCAAGUUUAACUGAACAAAACAAUAAAAGACAAAAAAUGAAUAUAGCAACAAAUAAUAACUCAAAAUUUCCUGUGAAGGUCCUACCAUUAUAAAUCAAAACAGAUUAAAACAAUCAAAUUCACCAGUUGGUUCAGUAAUGUUGUGUACCUGAAAUUAGGUAUUUAAACGUCAAAAAAUUAACUUUAAUAAGAACAGAGGAGAGGUCGAAGCAAAACAAAGAACAAUGAACAACAAACUCACAAAAAUCGACAUCUUUUGGCUCAAUCACACGAAAAGAUAUUUAUGUAUACCCCUUGAAUUACAUACACUGACGGUGGUUAACUUACCGAUACAAUUCGCAAGUUCUUCGUGCGCUUUAAUAUCAUUUGUUAAUGUUGAUGCUGUUGCUUGAUAAUGAGCUUGUAUUACUAGAGGAUACUUUCACGCAAUUCAGCCCAUUUUUACAGAAGUUACUGGCAUCUUCUCACUAUACGCAUUUUGUAGAGCUUUCCGACCUCCUUCGCUCUGGUCCCUGAACACAUUCGACGAUCGGCAGCUUCAACUCCUUCUGGACGACUCCGACCAUUUUUCCUUAUGAUUUAGCGCUUAGCAUCAGUGUAAACGAACUGAUAUACACGAACCUCCUAAAACACAAUCAAAAAUAACUUUUCCAUUGUGCAGAUAAACCACGUAUUGAGAUCAAUUAUGUACUAUUUCUUUUUUGAAAAAUGUACGUACACCAAUUCAAACAUCGUUUUUUGAACAUCGUGCGUUAAAAAGCCAAUGAACCUCGGUUUUUGUAAAAAGUUAUAAUCCCCUACAAUGCCUUACUUAAUAGUGUUGUAUCAGAUUUGUCAACCUUCGUGAGUGUGUUUCUUUCACGUAUAACCGUGUGUAUUUAAAAGAGAAAAGCGAUUCAUAACGUAAGAACCUUUCCGGUUGAGUUUUAGCUUAAAUUUGUUUUCCAGUGUAUUUUGUGAUUUUGUUGACACCAAGCUUAAUAACUCUUGCUGAUACAGAACACAGAGUAUCUGUAGUAAAUAAUUAUAUUGAUGCUGAUCAAACAACAUAUGAAGAAGCAGCUGGAAUUAUUUCAAAUAAAGAUAAUUAUGGUAUAUUAUGUGUAACAUUUCGGUCAUUAACAUUAGGUCUCCUGUUUACAAUAUUAUUUUCACUUGUUAAUCAAUAUUUUUAUUAUCGUACAUUAGAUUAUUCAUCUAGUUUACCUCUAGUUCUAUUAUUAAUUUACCCAUUGGAGUAUUGUUCUUCUCGUUAUUUACCAAAUUGGUCUUAA